AACAAAACAUGGUGAUCAUUGUCAUAUUGUAGUGCUGUCAUGAGGAGAUCUUCUUCUUUGGGACGAUCGUCCACCUCCCACUAUAGCAGUGCUAGCAAGAGAACAUCCUCAGCAUCCAGACCAUCUGUAGGAGGAAGACCCUCAGUAGGUGGCGCUGCUCCACUGAGGGUUAGAAAUGAGGAUAAUUCUAAGAUCCCAACCUCCUCAAAGAAAACAAAGCAUACAAACUAUGGAUUUAGUGGGAGACCAUCAAUGGACUACAGAAAUUCUAUAGGAGGUCAUGGGGACCGACUCGCUAGUAAAACCCCAAAUAAAGGGUUGAGGAGGAGUAGUCACAUGGGAGUCCCAAUGGUGAAUGGAAUCCCCAAAGAUCCCAGGAAGAUUUCUGACAGAAACUUUCAGGCCAAGUGUGUCACAAAACUGGUGGAGUUUUUAACAGAAAAAGGAUACCCUUACAAGUUAUCGCCAGAGAUACUUAAAGCACCUCCUAGGAAAGAUUUUUUUCAAAUCUUUGAGUUUUUGUAUAGCAUGUUAACACCAAGGUACAGGAUUGGAAAGAAACCAGAGGAAGAAAUCCCCAAAAUCUUCAAGGAAUUGGGCUACCCAUUUAUGAUAUCCAAAACUUCUAUGUUUGCUCUUGGUACCCCUCAUACUUGGCCCACAAUCUUAGCAGCUCUUGUUUGGAUGGUAGAUCUAAUCCAGUUUGGUAUGCAGGUUGGAAUAUCCAUUGACAGUUUUCUGUUCCCACCAAAUGAAGAUGAAUUUGAUUCCUUGCCAGAGGCACAGAUUUUGUAUGAUUAUGUAGAGAAAACAUAUGCAGCGUAUAUGGAGGGAUAUGACACCUUUGAAGAUUAUGAUGAACAUCUUUCUCAUCAUCUUAGUCAAAAACUUUAUGGUAUAAGUGAUGGUUUAGAAAACUUGGAUGGUGAAAACAAGCAACUGGAAAAAGAGUUAGAAGCUAUGGAAGAAGAAAUUCAAGGAUCUCAGGAAAAACUGAUAAAAAUGAAAGAAGAGGAAGUCAGUUUAAAAGAAAAUGAUGAGAAAAUGGUCAAAUACCUGAGUGAAAUGGAGGAUUAUAUAGAGAGCCAAGAAAGAAACAUACAUAAGGUGGAGGAAGAAUUGGAAACACUAGUUGCGGAUUUAAACAGCAUCAAGGCCAAAAACCAGGAGAAGCAGCAGAUCUUUGAGUCCCAGGAAUUCAGCCCUGAAGAUAUUGAACGAAUUAAAAUCAAUAGGAAGGACAUGUUACGUCAGAUUGAUGAUGCAGAGGCCAGAGUGUCCAGUAUUGACCAAGAGAUCUGGUCAGAGGAAAUGAAAGCCUCAAAAAUGCUAGAAAGGGUAGAAUCUUCCUGUAAUGAAUACAAUGAUCUGGCUCAGCAACUAAAGCUGAUACCAACAUCAGCACAGUACGCCUGCGGUGUGGAUUACGAACUGUCAUCCUGUUACAACGCCAGGAAUAAAUUCACAGAAGUUGUCAAGCCAGCACUGCAGUCUUUGAAAAAGCAAUGGGCAGAAACAAUGCAUGAAAAAUCCAAGGAGCUCAUGACUGAAAAAGAUGUCUUUGAGCAGAGUGUUGCUGAUUGUAUGGAUUUAGAAAAUGAAUUAAAACUGAAAGAAAGUCAACUGAAGAGACUAGAAGAAGACCUAGAGUUCAAAAAGCAGGUGCACCAAAAAGAGUUUCAAAAACUACAAGAAGAGAAAGAGGGUUUAGAGAAGGAGUUAUCCCAGAUGAAAUUUUCCUCUAAUAAGACACUAGCUGAAGGACAGAUGGAGUUAAGGGAAAUUCAGAAAAGUAUGGAGAUUAAGAUCAGAUCCAUGGAACAUGAUGGAGAGUUGUAUGAGAGUUUCCUAAAAAAUGCCCUUUCCAAGAUGAUUGACCACAAAGAGAGAGUAGAGGAAAUUUUGCAACACAUGAUUGAAAGACUUGAGGAGAGAAUACAGAAUGUGACAGGAGAAAUAGGGGAAUGCUGAAGGAAAUUGCGUUUUUGUAAAUAAAGACUUACAAAGACAAAGGGUAUGAUUGUAAAUAAGAGAAGGAGAGAAAGAAAAAAAAGGUUGCUCAACUAAGGAGACAGUGAAGGAUGGUGCUGUAACAGUUGAACAGUUUGCAGUGAAGAUGAUGAAAAGAUGUUACAGGGAAGAUGAUGAAAAGAUGUUAGUGUGAAGAUGAUGAAAAGAUGUUAGUGUGAAGAGAUCGUAAAGGAGGAGGGGUGGAUGUUUGUGCUGUUUAUCUUAUUACAAUGCAUAUUAAACAGAAUACAACACUCCAGAAUGGAUACUGACAUUUUUCUAUAAAAAGUGACCUGUUUUAUGAUGUUACAAGUUGUAAGUGUAUUGGAUUGCAUGUGUUUAAUUAAAUUAUUGUUUGAACCAGUAA